UUCUCGCUGUAGUUGGGAGCUGGGAGAUUUCCAAAUGGAGCGGAUACACAGCUGGGUGUCACUAAUCCGCAGCGUUUUGUCCCGGCGGGGAGGAUUGUGGGAGUUGUAGUUCUGUAACAGCUGGAGAGCCUCAGGUUGCAGAUUCCCUGGCAGGCGGCAGGCAGUAGAGGGGUCUCCAGGAGCAGCUCACGUUACGGCCCCAGCCCUCCCCUAUCUCCCCUCCCCCAGCUCUGACAAUCGGAUACGUGGAGCUGCUGCUGGGGGAGCUCCCGCUGGAAGCUGCGCACAAUGCUGCCCGGAGCGGCGGAUCCCCUAGGAGAGAGGCCGGGAUGAGCGCCGGGACCCGGGAGAGGGAAGCAUGCGGUUCCGCUGGAAGCUCCUCGGCAGUGUCCUGUGCCUGACUGGGCUGCUCCUUCUGCUCCAUAGGCAUCUCGGCAAUGCCCAGCUCCAGCCCCCCCCGGGAUCCACCUCUGGCCGGGGAAGGACCCCAAUUGCAACCCCCGGAUACUUCAGGGCGGCGGAGGAUCCCAUGUCCCGGAGGGAUGUCCCUGGGGGCAAGAAGAAGCCGCACUUGGCCAAAGUUAGAGCUCCUGAGCAGAAGCCAAAACCCCCCAUGCCUGAGGAAUGGAUGCAUCUUGCUGUUGUUGCCUGUGGGGAUCGCGUGGAGGAGACAGUUACCAUGUUAAAAUCAGCGGUGCUUUUUAGCUUUAAAAAAAUUAAGUUUCACAUUUUUGCAGAAGAUUCUCUGAAACCAGACUUUGAAAUAAAGCUUGAGAAAUGGCCCCAGCAAAUCUCCCGAAAGGUCGAAUACAAGAUUUACCCCAUUACAUUCCCAGUGGGGAACCCCCAGGAGUGGAAGAAACUGUUCAAGCCGUGUGCAGCUCAGCGCCUCUUUCUGCCGAUGCUUUUGCAAGACGUGGAUUCCCUGCUGUACGUGGAUACAGAUGUUCUCUUCCUGAGGCCUCUGGACCACAUCUGGGCAUUUCUGAGACGUUUUAACGACACUCAGUUGGCGGCCAUGGCACCGGAGCACGAGAUAUCGAAGAUCGGCUGGUACAGUCGCUUCGCUCGGCACCCGUUUUAUGGGACGACUGGGGUCAACUCUGGAGUGAUGCUUAUGAACCUUACUCGUAUUCGCAACCAGCAGUUCAAGAAUAACAUGAUCCCAGCCGGACUGACCUGGGAAGAGAUGCUGCAUCCUUUAUAUCAGAAAUAUAAGAACUACAUCACGUGGGGCGAUCAGGAUUUAUUGAACAUCAUUUUUUACUUUAACCCAGAGAUGCUGUAUGUGUUUCCCUGCCACUGGAAUUACAGGCCAGAUCACUGUAUGUAUGGCAGCAACUGUAAAGCAGCAGAGGAAGAGGGCGUGUCCAUUCUUCAUGGUAAUCGGGGUGUCUACCAUGACGAAAAGCAGCCUGCCUUCAAGGCUUUCUAUGAAGUCAUACGUGAUUACCCUUUUGACGACAAUCUCUUCCAGUCAAUGUAUUUCCCCCUUCAGUCGAAGUUCCUGGAGAGCGUUCAUACUCUGUGUGGCCGGAUCCCCCAGGUGUUUCUCAAGCAGAUUGAAAAGACCAUGAAGAUGAUGUAUGAGAGACGUGUUGUUAUGCACAUCAGAUCCCACGCAUGACUUCGCGCAUGACUCCAUUGGCAUCACCAUGAAUGUGUUCUGAAAGAGCAGCAGAAAGGUGCCGUGUCCCGGUGAGCAUAGUUGCACUUCACAAGAGCCUCAGAACAAUGGCAUUGGCCACAAUGACUGCAACGCAAUUCACAAGAGUUAGCAGUUCGUACUCCAAAUAAUUCUUGUUUGGCUUUGAAGCUGGAUUGUGAAGUUGCGUAUCCUUACAGGAGGCCAGGGGUCCCCAAACUUUUUUACCUGUGAGCCACGAUCAAUUGUAAAAAGUGUUGGGGAGCAACACAAUCAUGAAAAAAGGUACCUGGGGGUACAAAUUAAGGUGUAGAUUGGAAAAUUUGUACCCCUAUGUGGACUGGCAGCCUACAGGAGGCUUUUUGGCAGUACAUCUUGUUUUUUAUGCCAAACGUGCGUCUAAGCCAAAAAUUAAAAAAUUAGCACCUGCUUUGAGGCCACUGGCAGCAACAUCCAAGGGUUUGGUGAGCAAAAUUUUGCUCCAGAGCCACUGGUUGGGGAUCCCUGCAGUAGGCCAUCUUAUCUAGAAGGAUAACACAUGGAAGUGUUGUCUGACAUCCAACUGGAAAACAAUAAAUCAUAAGGGAUAAAAGGA